AUGGGUCUCUUUUCUUGGCUGUUUCCUACUGCUGCUCCAGAUCUCGAUGAAAUCCCUACCAAAACCGCAUGCUAUCACAUUGAAGGCUUCUUGACCUGUCAUUACUUUCACCUUGCAACCGAAGUUGCCGAUCGAUUGACGAGUAAACAGCCCCAUGUCAAGACCGAUGUCAGUGGAUAUAUCAAAGAACAGUGGUAUGGAAGGUUAAAGGAACUACAAGAUGAAUUUGAUACCAGACACAGGACCUCGCCUUUUAUUUACGAAGGAUGCGAUCCAAGUCAACAAAAGCUCGUAGGCGGUUACAGUGAAUUCGCAAAGAGGAUCAAGGAAACGUACAAGAUGAAUCUGCCCUUGGAUUAG